AUGAGCUCUUCAGAUCCAAAUGAGGUUCCAGCAUGCUUAAAAAGGCUAGUUCGGACUACCGUACGCACCUUCUAUUCCCGAGAACAUGCACUUAUCAUUGAUUUGUUAGUUCGAAACACAAUAAUGAAGGAGGACGAUCUGUGUGAACGAUUGCGUUUCGAGAAGAAACAGUUGCGCCAAAAUUUACACACACUCAAAACAGAGCAAUUUAUCAAGUCCAAAAUCCAACUAGAAACCGAUGCAGAGAACAAGAUUGCUAAGAUUAUUCACUAUUUUAUUGAUUACAAAGUUUUUGUUAACGUUGUAAAAUACCGCCUUGAUUUGAUCCAACGCAAGCUUGAGGCUGAACAACGACAGAACACAUGUCGUGCUCUUUUUCGAUGUCAAAGCUGCAAUAGUACUUACACAGAUCUUGAAGUUGAUCGAAUAUUGGAUUUCAGCAGUGGUAAUCUUAUUUGUGUCUACUGUCGGAAUGAAGUGAAGGAAGAGGAGGACAAUGGACAGCGAACAGACAUUCGAGCCAGUGUCGCAAAAUUCCACCAAACAAUUCGCGGUCCUCUUGAUGCUCUGUUGAAAGAAUGUGACCAAGUUCAUCUUUCCUCAUCUAUCUUAGAACCUGAAUUUCGUGCCUUAGAGCCGUUACCUGGGUCCAGUACUGGGGAUUCUGCUACUGCCAAUUCUCGAGCAGCAAAUUCCUGGCUCAACGACCCCUCCAAAUCGUCAGGAACCCAGUCCACAGAAGUCAAGGUGAAUAUAGUAAUGAACGACCUACAGGGAUCCUCCAAUGCACCUGCACCUAAGGAGAAACCUAUCUGGAUGUCUGUUAGCACUGUGGACGAGGGUGGGAUUGGAGAGCUGAAAAGCGGCGGGCAAACGACUUCGUCAAAUACCACCACUUCGACGUUUCCAGUACAACCUCCUGAACCUGCAACCCAAACUUUGGCUCCAGGUCGUGUUCCAACAAAUCUAGUGGACAAUUCUCGAGGUGGACAAGAUGGUGGGCAGUCGUCGGCCAACUCGAAUUCGCAUAACUCGGCCAUGUCCUCUGAUAUUAUGCAACUUUUACGGGUUCAUGAGCGACGGGGCUUGGAAAGUCAUGGUCCGAAAACGGCUCUAAGUAUGUUUUAUUUUCGUAAUCAGAAUUUCAGGCCGGCUACGUUAUAG